ACUCCUUCUCCUCCGUCUGCCGUCCUGCAGCUGUUACACAUUUCCUCCAGUGUUUCAGGUUUUCCUCCCGUGUUUCAGGCUUUCCUCCAGUGUUUCAGUGUGAUUCUCUGCAGAAAUGGCCACAGCUGGUAAGGUCAUCAAGUGCAAGGCGGCGGUGGCCUGGGAGCCCAACAAGCCUCUGGUCAUCGAGGAGAUCGAGGUUGAUCCGCCUCAGGCUAAUGAGGUUCGCAUCAAGAUUGUGGCAACAGGCGUGUGCCACACCGACCUCUACCACCUGUUUGAGGGGAUGCACAAAGAAGGUUUCCCAGUGGUUCUUGGACAUGAGGGAGCCGGCAUAGUGGAGAGCGUUGGGCCCGGUGUCACUGAAUUUCAGCCAGGAGACAAAGUCAUCCCCCUGUUCAUCUCCCAGUGCCGAGAGUGUCGCUUUUGUAAAAGCCCAAAGACUAACCAGUGUGUCAAAGGAUGGGCUGCUGACCGCUAUGAUGUGAUGGCUUUGGAGGAAACCAGGCUUAGCUGUAAGGGGAAAAAGCUGCUGCAGUUUUUGGGGACCAGCACCUUUUCCGAGUACACCGUCCUUAACCAGAUAGCUGUGGCUAAGAUCGACCCGGCUGCACCUCUGGAUAAAGUCUGUCUCCUUGGUUGUGGGGUCUGCACCGGCUUUGGAGCAGCAGUUAACACCGCUAAGGUUGAACUGGGCUCCACCUGUGCUGUGUUUGGUCUCGGAGCCGUGGGUCUGGCUGCGGUCAUGGGCUGCAAGUUUGCGGGAGCCAAAAGGAUCAUCGCCGUCGACAUCAAACCCGAGAAGUUUGAGAAAGCCAAAGUGUUCGGUGCCACUGAGUAUGUGAACCCCAAAGAUCACAGCAGACCCAUCAGCCAGGUGCUAGCUGAGAUGACUGGUGGAGGGGUGGACUUCUCCCUGGAGUGUGUCGGAAAUGUUGGAGUGAUGCGAAGCGCCCUGGAGUCGUGUGUGAAAGGUUGGGGUGUCAGCGUUCUGGUUGGCUGGACAGAUUUAGAUGAUUUUGCUGCCCGACCCAUUCAGCUUAUCGCGGGCCGUACAUGGAAGGGCACCCUGUUUGGAGGGUUUAAGAGUAAAGAUGGCGUCCCGGAGAUGGUUAAGGCCUACCUUGACAGGAAGGUGAAGCUGGAUGAGUUCAUCACUCACAACAUGGCUCUGGGUGAGGUCAACGAUGCCAUCGAGCUGAUGAAGCACGGCCAGUGCAUCCGGACGGUCCUGAAAGUUUCAUCAGAAUGAGUUAACAAAGCUGCUUUCAAACUGUUAAAAUAAAUCAGAUCUAAAGGAUUUUAUCCUUUGUUGGCAGCAUGCAGCUAAAGGAUCAUCAAUCCUGGCUGAUGGUUAUAUCUGCCUGUCUGAUCAUUAACACUUUGGAGCAAAUAAAAUCAGUUAAACUGA